UUCCGGGGACUGUUGACGGUGUGACCCCAGCGGUGAGCAGACAGGAGCUGUUAGCAUCUCCCAGCUGCAUCUUUGAACACAUCUUUAUCCUGUAAAGCAGUCAGUCUGUCUUUUCUUCGUAAAUGAGCGGGGAUGAGUGGAGAUGACGGCAUCGGCAGCCAAAGGAGAGUCGCGUAUGUUUACAGCGCUGAGCUCCUGGAAACUUGCGAUACUUUGUCCAAAGUACCGAAACGGGCCAGCAUGGUGCACUCGCUCAUCGAAGCCUACGGCCUGCUGGACCACAUGAGUACUGUGAAACCCCGUGUCGCCACCAUGGAGGAAAUGUCGAAGUUCCACACAGACUCUUAUCUGGAGCAUCUUCAUAAGAUCAGCCAGGAUGGGGACAACGACGACCCCCAGUCUGUUGACUUUGGACUGGGCUAUGACUGUCCCGUCACAGAGGGCAUUUUUGACUACGCAGCUUCAGUAGGGGGCGCUACACUAACAGCAGCGCAGUGUUUGUUAGACCAGAAAUGUGACGUGGCCAUCAACUGGGCAGGAGGGUGGCAUCACGCUAAAAAAGACGAGGCUUCAGGUUUCUGCUAUGUGAACGAUGCCGUGUUGGGAAUCCUCAAGCUCAGAGAGAAAUAUGAACGAGUGCUUUACAUCGAUGUUGACUUGCAUCACGGAGAUGGUGUUGAAGAGGCUUUCAGUUUCACCUCCAAAGUUAUGACCGUUUCUCUGCACAAGUUUUCUCCUGGAUUCUUCCCUGGUACAGGUGACCUUUGUGACACGGGGCUGGGUAAAGGUCGCUGGUACGCGGUCAACGUUCCUCUUGAGGACGGUAUCAAGGACGACAGAUACUACCAAGUUUUCACCAGCGUCCUGCAGGAGGUUCGAGCACAGUUUAACCCAGAGGCGCUGGUAAUGCAGCUGGGCGCUGACACCAUGGCAGGUGACCCCAUGUGCUCCUUCAACAUGACCCCAGUGGGGGUGGGCAGAUGUCUCCAGUACGUGCUGCAGUGGCAGCUACCCACUCUUCUGCUGGGAGGAGGAGGUUACAAUCUUGCUAAUACGGCCCGCUGUUGGACGUACCUGACGGCAGAAGUGCUGGGAAAGACUCUGUCCUCAGAAAUACCUGACCACGAGUUUUUUACAGAAUACGGACCAGACUACACCCUGGAAAUCAGUCCAAGCUGUAGACCAGACCGCAACGACAGUAAGCACCUGGAGCAGGUCACCAGAACCAUCAGAGGGAAUUUGAAGAAUGUUGUUUAGGACCCGGC